GACGGUGUUUUCAGUUUCUUGGAGCCCGCCCACAGACGCAGGCUAAUACUGCUUAGUACUUACCACCAAUCCAAACAAGAACACCAAUCCUCUAAACCCCAGCAAAACUCGUCACCACCCCCGGCGCCACCAACAACCUCGGAAUAUAUACAGACGAAUGUUGUCUGAUUCUGUUGCCAUGUCUGUCGCCUCCUACUGACACUGGUUCACAAUUGUCGUCCAGAGUUUAUCCAAACUAUCUCUCCUAUUAGUAGUUUUCAAUUUGAAGAGAAGCUUUUGAGAAUGCCUGGAAUUAGAGGACCCUCGGAUUAUUCGCAGGAACCACCUCGUCAUCCUUCUCUUAGAAUCAAUUACAAGCAACCUUUUAAUGCUGAGCCACCUCGUUCGGCCUUGGUUAGCUCUUAUAUAACGCCGGUGGAGUUCUUCUUCAAGAGAAAUCAUGGACCAAUACCAGUUGUUGAUGAUAUAGAUAGCUAUUCUGUUUCCAUGAGUGGUCUGAUUGAUAACCCCAUAGAGCUGUUUAUGAAAGAUAUCUGGAAGCUUCCAAAAUAUGUUGUCACUGCCACUCUUCAGUGUGCUGGUAACAGAAGGACAGCCAUGAGCAAUGUCAAAGAAGUAAAAGGAGUUGGCUGGGAUGUUUCUGCUAUAGGAAAUGCUGUCUGGGGUGGUGCCAAAUUAGCAGAUGUUCUUGAACUUGUUGGGAUAGCCAAGUGGACAAGUACCACAAAAUCAGGUGGAAAACAUGUCGAAUUUGUAAGCAUUGAUAAGUGUAAGGAGGAGAAUGGGGGCCCUUACAAGGCAUCAAUACCGCUGAGUCAUGCUACGAGUCCUGAAGCUGAUGUUUUACUUGCUUAUGAGAUGAAUGGGGAGCCUCUAAAGAGAGAUCAUGGUUAUCCGCUGCGAGUGGUUGUUCCUGGUGUUAUAGGUGCACGUUCUGUCAAAUGGUUGGAUUCCAUUAACAUAAUUGCAGAAGAAUGUCAGGGCUUCUUUAUGCAAAAAGACUACAAAAUGUUUCCCCCAUCAGUGAAUUGGGAUAACAUCAAUUGGUCUACAAGGAGGCCACAAAUGGAUUUUCCUGUCCAGUGUGCAAUUUGUUCUUUGGAGGAUGUGACUGCAGUAAAGCCUGGGAAGGUGAAGGUCAGUGGAUAUGCGGCAUCAGGAGGUGGCCGAGGAAUUGAGAGAAUAGAUGUGUCUGUUGAUGGUGGCAAAACCUGGGUGGAAGCUUCCAGACAUCAGAAGACUGGUGUCCCUUGUAUCGCAGAAGACACGAGCAGUGACAAAUGGGCCUGGGUACUGUUUGAGGUCACAGUUGAUGUGCCACACAGCACAGAGAUUGUUGCAAAAGCAGUGGAUUCAGCAGCAAAUGUCCAACCUGAAAACGUACUAGAUAUUUGGAAUUUGAGAGGGAUACUUAACACUUCAUGGCAUCGUGUUAAAGUUCAAGUUGGUUACUCAAACAUGUAGACCGUGAUCAGGUUCUGUUUUUUAUAUCCAUGAAAUACUAGAAUAACAACAAAAACUUAUCUAGAUUAGGUCUAUAUGGAUCUAUAGUUGAAAACAAUAGUAAGCUCCUAUGAAAUCCUAUACAGUAGGAAUCAAUCUAGACCCAAAAGAAUAACAUCCCAUUUGCUUUGACAGUGCGGUUUGCCAAGUUGCUUGGACUUUUCAUUUCUCGUAUGUAUAGAGAUAUCUUACCUUUGAGCAUUAGUACUACUGCUGCCCUUCACUUAUCAUAGUCUAUGUUGAUAAAAAUAACUUGUGACAUGGAGAGCCAUGGAAAAGCUGGAUCUCAGUUGUUGGACAAUGAACUAUGAUGUUAAAUAAUGCUGCUUUGGUUAAUUGUUACCUUUUUUUUAAAAGGCAUGGGAUAAUGUAAUUUAGUCAGUGUGCAUCGACUUCGUUUUGCCCAAUGGAAUGUAAAAUUAUAAUGGAUGUAUAUGAAACUCAUAUUUUUCUGUAA